CGUCAUGCACACAAGUCGCGGUUCGAGAAGUUGGCUCCAUCGACUCUCUGCGCCCAUUAAACAGAGCCUCCCACCCUCCUUGCGAAGCUUGGAGCAAAGAAGAAGAAGAAAAAAAAACCGAACGCUUCUCCCGCCACCCGUCUCCUUCACGCUCGCUAUUCCUCCCAGAGACGUGUGCGCCCGCCCGCCCUAUCUGCACCUGUUUGCUGCCUGUCGCAACACCGGCUCGCCUGGCUACAGCUUCACACUCGUUUGGCCUUCCUCGUCUAGCAUGCAUAGUGUUGACCGCCCAUCAUGAUGGAUUCGGCCCGCAUCCCCUCCCCCGACUCGUCCUUCGCGUCCGUCUCGCAGGACGCCUUCCCCCCGAACUCGGCCAGCCCAGCCGUGUCCCUCGCCGCGUCCCAGGAGCCACCAAUGGCCGCCGAACGCGCAGACGCCGACAUGCCGCACCCGUCAGAGGCCCCUGAAGAAACAGAGCGCCACCCCAAGGGCCGGAGGAAACGGACCGCCGCCAAAGAUAAGGCCAUCCUCGAGGCCGCCUACAGCGCCGACCCCAAGCCAGACAAGACGGCGCGUCUCGAAAUUGUGAAGCGCGUCACUCUGAACGAGAAGGAGGUGCAGAUAUGGUUUCAGAACCGUCGACAGAACGACCGCCGGAGAUCGCGCCCGCUUUCACCCCAGGAAAUUGCUGCUCUCCGCUAUGGCGGCAUGCAGAUUCUCUCUUCGGAUGCUGGCUCGUUCGGCCAGCACGGCGCCGGGGGCGAUGUCGGCGUCGCGCCCCCACCGCACGCCGCGUCGACCACCCCCGUCGCAUCGCCGGACCUCGCGCCCUGGCUGCCCGACAGACACCCGUUCUACACGGAGGCGCCGGCGCCGCCACGGUCGCCCACGAACCAGUCGCCGGGCCCCAUGGCGGCCAUGGGCGCACAAACGCCUGCACCGCGGCAGCAUGCUUCAAACCACGCGGAUUUGCUCAACAGCUCCUCUCGAUUCACUCCCGGCUCGGCCACCAGCAACAGCUUCAUGGCGGGCAGGUGGCACCCCGGCAGCUGCUUCUCCACUCCGGCAUCCUCCUUCCGCCGCGCCUCGGGUGCCGACGAUUCUUUCAAGUUUGAACCUUUUAUGCCGUCGUCGUGCUCCUCGGUCGCGUCAGCCCCCAUCCUGCCGCCACCCCACUCGCGACGUAACUCGCAAGUCCGCCUGUCGCUCUCGCUCGAGGGCAAGGCAUCACUAGUCUCGGGCCUGAGGUCACCGUCGCCGCCUCGAAGCAGCAGCAGCCACAGCCUCUACAACCCGCACACGGAACCUAUCCCCAUCUCGAUCCCGUCCAUCCGGCGCGACAGCCUCCACCGCCGCCUGAGCACGCAGUCCAUCACGCUGCCGCCCAUCUCGACGCUGACUGAUUCCCUUUGCGGUGAUAGCAAUGGCAGCAGCGGCGGGGUGGUGGUCGCGGCCGUCCCUAUGGCUGCUCCUGCCCCGCUUCCCCCGCGCCUGACCCGUGGUCGCUCGCGAGACGUUCACGCGUGGGAAUUUGCUGCAGACAGCGCCGAGGACCGCGAGGACGAGCUGACGCAACAGGCGAGGCACGAGGCGAGCGGGUCGGCCAUUGCCGCCAUCAGCCUCCUGCGAACGACCUCGGCGUCUGCCGCCGCCGCCGCCGGCGCGUCCCCUCCCGCUCUGCAAGCCAACGGCAACAAGCGCAACGCGGCUGUGCGGGGAUGCUCUGUAUUUGACAGGAUCAGCGCAAACGGCCAGCAGUACCCCUUCAAGAGGGCCAAGCUGGGCCGUUCGUCAAGCAGCGUGGCACGGCUGCAAUCAUCGUCGUCGCGCCUCAACGUCGAGAGACUUGUAGAAGCGACAGACGAUGAGGAAGCGUUGGCAGAUGGCGGUGAUGCCAAAAAGAUGGAGGUGGCCAGCCUCAUUGCAACUAGCGGGCACGACUCUGACAAGGAGAACUGGAGCCCCGACGAAGACAGCUCCCCGGCGGUUAGCAGGAGUCAGUCUGCUGCCCCGGCCGGUGUGGUGGGCGGCCGGAUACUACCUCCGGUUAUCUUUUCAGCCUCGUCCUCGCCGCGGCGGCACCCCGUCUCGUUGCACGGGGGCAACGGGCGCCGAACUGGGUUCAUGGACGAGCGCCGGGGCCUACUGGGUGGCGUUCAUCGGGCCUACUCGGCGCCCGGACAGCGGUCCAACAAGCGACGCGCAGGCAGGAAUCCGGCGUCCAUCAGCAUCUUCGAGGACGACGGUGAGGAGGUGGAUAGCGACGGGGACGGUAGCGGCAAGGGCAGGUUCGGGCCGCGGCGCGAUGACGAGGUCGAGCGCUUCAUGCGCGGCGAGGUCAGCCCGAGCAAGAAGGGCGACUUUGACUGCGUGGCCGGACUCCUGUCGCUCUCGCAGGGCAACUGGAGGUGACGGGACAUGCGGUAGCGUUGGUUGUGCCUGGCCACUUCCAUCGCGGCAUGUUUGCUGCAGCCUAGCCUGCCUGUGUCUGGGGCCAUAGUCAUAUUUGUCUGUCGGCCGCCUCCGCCCACGAAUAAUGGUGGGCUGCCUCGUCGGCACUUCCAAACGAGUGAUCCGUUUGGUCAGGAGCCUGGACGUCACACAGCAGGAACACUAGCGACGACGACGCCCCAGGCCCCGCACGAGGGGCGUAUAGCCAACCAGGGCACGGGGAAGGUCGAUCAGCUGUAUCCGCAGGACGGAGAGAGCGAGAGAGGAGCAUCUGUGUACAACUAUAUAAAUGUGGUUUAUCAUGAGAAGCCAAAGGGGGCAAAACAUGCCUCUCAAUGGCGAUGAUUAUGGGUUGGUCGGGCGGGCAAUGAACGACUGGGGCGGCGGAGGAAAGCCAUGCUGUAACAGUAAAGAGAUGAAAACGGGUUCAUGGGAAGAGCUUUGGGUGUUUUGGAGGCGGGCUUGGGUUCCGGUCGGUGUUGAGCUUGGAGGCUGGGGAUGUAAAAAACGAAUAUGCUACGAACUAAUGCAAUGCUAAAUCUGAUGCAGCCCACCACCGCUUGCGUUUGCAAUAUGUCGGUACAUUUG